CAGUGGGCGUGGCAACCACUGAGACGCCUCCACUUUCUCCCAUCUUCCAACGCUCGUCAGUGUAAAUCCCCACAUAAUAAAUAUGAAUAAAUUAUUCCAACUGUAAUGAUGUAGGCCAUACGGUACAUUGGAGAGGCCGGUCUGGUCACCGAUGUAGGAACACGCUGACCCUGUCGCCCCCCCGCCUUGCGUCAAGAUGUCCCUGGCGCAGAGGGUCUUACUGACCUGGGUCUUCACCCUGGUCUUCCUCAUCAUGCUCGUACUCAAACUGGAUGGGAAGGUCCAGUGGAACUGGUUCCUCAUCUUCCUGCCCGUGUGGAUCUUUGACGGCAUCCUGCUCCUCAUGCUCACCAUCAAGAUGGCCGGCCGCUGCAAGCCGGGUUUCGACCCGCGGAACGGCUCGCCGGAUCUGCGUCUGCGCGCCUGGUACCUGGCGGCCAUGCUGCUCAAGCUGGCCUUCUGCCUGACGCUGUGCGCCAAGCUGGAGAAGCUGGCAGAGGUGAAGCUCACGUUGGUGUGCAUCCCGCUGUGGGCCAUGCUGCUGGGAGCGCUGGUGGAGCUGGGCCUUCAUAUCUUUCCCGAGAGGAGAGAGGCCUGACGGGGAUGAUGGAACAUAAACUUGGAUGAGAAAAAGUCUGAUUGUAAUUCCCGCAAGACUACUGUGAACAAUACACUGGAAUUAUUUUAUGUGUUGCCAAUAUGUUGAGUCCUGCUCCUUCCUGAUUUGCGACUUAGCUCAAUGAUUAUUUUAGUGUUCAAAGUCGAGUACUAUAUGAAGUAGCUCAAACCAGCAAAAUGUGACAUGCUGGUUUGAAAUGACCCUGAAUUUAAUGAACAGCGGAUGCUACAUUACGUCUCCAAAUUGCAUUAUUUUGCACAGUGCCGAUGUUUUCUGAUUAUAAGGAGUCUCAUGGGAAUAAAUGAUUCUGCACUGAAAA